AUGGACGCGGAGGUGGUGCUUUGCUUCUACCCACGCUUUGUCUCUUGGAAGCAAAGUUUCUCUCGGAGAGUUGAGCCUGGGAGCACCGUUCCUGUUUACCUGCCCCACCCCAGAACUCAAGAUCUUGAAGCCCCUCUUCCUGUCACCCCUGUACUCAGCCGGAGCUCUGCACAGGACAGCCAAGCCCACAUACCAGCGGCAACUGCAGCACCUACCGCCGCCACGGCAGACCCAAACAAAAGCCAUGUCUCCACCCCCUUCUUCCCCAAAACCAGCAAGGCCAUCUCUCAGGAGAGGAAGUCCCUCUUCCAACUAAUCAGUAUUCUCGAGUCACCCUCAAGGUCCAAGAAUGUCUCCUUCUCUGUUCCAUCUCGGCAAGCAGCUGAACCCAUGAAGCCCUCAGAGGAUCAACUGAGGCCAGCCAGUAGCUUGGGCAUCGACAGGGUUUAUGAGAGCAGCGAUGAUGUAGGUGCCUACCACCCAACCCCACAAGAGUCCAUUAUCCAAGGGCCCACUUCUCAGUGCAGAUUUCCAUAUAGCAUUCUCUUCUCCACAUUCCUCUACUGUGGCGAGGCAGUGUCUGCCCUGUACAUGGCUAACGUCUAUCAAAAGAGCAAUGACACCUACUGGAUGACAUACACUGUCGUCUUCUUCCUGGUUGCCUCCAUCAUGGACCAGCUGACCCUCAUUUUCGUCCACAGGGAUCUGGCCAAAGAUAAGCCUUUCUUGCUGUUUAUGCAUCUUAUCCUCAUGGGACCAAUUGUCAGAUGUCUGGAGGCUAUGGCUAAGUAUUUUGAAGUGUGGCAGAAGGCCAAUGAGGAGGAGCCCUAUGUCAGCCUUACUCGAAAAAAGAUGUUUCUAAAUGGCCGGGAAGUGCUGAUCGAAUGGGAGGUGGGCCACUCCAUCCGAGUCUUGGCCAUGCACCGGAACGCCUACAAACGCAUGUCCCAGAUCCAGGCUUUCUUGGGCUCAGUGCCCCAGCUGACCUACCAGCUCUAUGUUACCUUGGUCUCCACCGAGAUGCCCUUAGGGAGAGUGAUCCUAAUAAUCUUUGCCCUGACCUCUGUCACCUACGGGGCUACCCUCUGCAACAUGCUGGCCAUCCAAAUCAAGUACGAUGACUACAAGGUCCAUGUACAUGUCACAGAGGUCAUCUGUGUCACCAUCUGGCGGAGCUUGGAGAUCACUUCCCGCCUGAUUAUUCUGGUGCUUUUUGUGGCCACCUUGAAAAUUAAGGCGUUGCCCUUCUUUCUGAUUAAUUUCAUAAUCAUCCUCUUGGAGCCAUGGGUCAGGUUCUGGAAGAGCGGUGCCCAGAUGCCCAACAACAUUGAUAAGAACUUUAGCCACGUGGGCACCUUGGUGGUGCUCAUCUCGAUCACCGUGCUCUACUCGGCCAUCAACUUCUCCUGCUGGCCAGCGAUGCAGUUGAGGUUGGCCGAGCGAGACCUGGUGGAAAAAACUCAGAACUGGAGUCACAUGGCCGUGCACUACACUGUGAGGCUGCUGGAGAACAUCAGCAUGGUGCUGGUGUUCCGCUUUCUGGGGACCAAGAUCUUGAUCAAUUACUGCCACACCUUCAUUGCGGUGCAGCUCAUUGUGGCCUACCUGAUCUCCAUUGCCUUCAUGCUGCUCUUCUAUCAGUACCUGCACCCCCUUCGCUCACUCUUCGCCUACAAUGUAGUUGAUUACCUGCACUGUGUCUGUUGCCCCUGGGCCUCUCGGGCCAGGUCAGGGAAUCUAGAGUCAACCUUUGAGAGUCAGUUGAGGCACAGCGUGGUCUGAUGCUUCCCCCACUGGGUCUUUGGGGAGGGGUGUGGGGAAGUGGGGGAUUGCCGAGAGGAAAUCUACAACUCAGAGUAUGAGGAUGAUCCACCUAGAAAAGCAGUCACCUGACCAUUAGGGGUAGGAGCCUGGGCCCUCAAGCUGUGAGAAGCUCACAGUUCACAGGGUCUAGACCACAGAAGAAGGGCUAUACCUAGCUCUCAUCUCCCCCCCCCCCACAUACCCACACACUUGUCCCCUCGAGAGUGUACAUACAUAUACCCACACCCACACACAUACCACUGGGAGCCAUCUGGAACCUCCCAACACAGAUGGGAUGACUACACUUCCAAGGCUGAGCGGCUACACUAUCUUUUAGUGACCAGUGAAGGCCCAUCAUUAGCAAAAACCCAUAAGGAACCACCUACCCUAGAGCUCACAAGCUUCAGGAGAAGGGGCCCAGGACCUGCAGAUUUUUCCUGAACAGUGCGCACCCAGUUUGACCUGUGGCCCUUCAGGCCUAAGCUAUCUUCUCAGCAUACCCUUCACAGGACUUUCCUUCAUGGGCCACCAGGGGCAGUGGCUUGCUCAGGUUCCCCUAUCCCCCCAUUCCUCAUCAUCAUAAAUCCCUCCAAGCCAGCUUCCUCUCUCACAACCCAGCUGUUCUUUUAGCAUCUGUUGUGUGUGAUUAUGAAUUAUAUUUCAACAAUGCUGUCCUGUGACUGAAAAUAUUUUUACAUGUGCCCCCCCAACUUUAUUUCUAGAUACUGUCACUUAACUUUUUUUAUUUCAGGGGUAGAGGGGGGUAUGUUUGGGACAGCUUCUUCCUGGCGGAUGUGAAAGGGGAGGAGUUUUCCCUCCAAGGGGGCUAGAUAUUAAUCAAGUCAAUCUCAAUUACUAAAUCCCACCCGAGUAUACAGAGAAGAGAUGAGCCUCAUCCCAGAUGUACAGAAUUGGAGAAUCUGAAGGGGCUUCAAACCAUCUAGUCCAACCCAUACUCGUAAAGAAGCUAUCACUACUACAUGCUUGUCCAGUCUCUGCAGAAAGGGAACUCCCCACCUCUUGGGGCAGGCCCUUCCACUUGGGGAGACUCUAAUUGUUGAGAGGUUAUCUUAACAAACCCAAAUUUGCCUCUUUGCAGUGCCCCCCCACCCUCCCAUUCCAUUGCUCCUAGUUCUGCCUUCCUCCCUAGACUGACCUUGGAGGUACUUGAAGACAGCUGUCAUAUUCUGCCCACCACCUCUCCCUCCAAGACCUGUCUUUUCCAGGCUAAACAUGUCCAGUUCCUUCAACCGAUCCUCCUCUGGCAUAGACUCAAGGCCUUUCACCAUCCCGGUGAUGCUUUUCAGCUUCCCAAUGACCCACCUUAACUAAGGUCUAAUCAGGGCAGAAUACAAUGGAAUUGCCUGUCAAUUCCCUUUUCCUUGGAGCUAGACCCCUCAAUGUAGCCCAAGGUCCCAUUCACCCUGUUGGCUGUCUUAUCCGUGUUGUUGACUCAUUAAACAUGCAAUUCCCUAAGACCCUCAGAUCUUUUUUCAGAUAAGCUGUUCUCUACACUCCCCCCCCCACCACUUUGUUCAUAAGGAGUUCACUUUACAAUAAGUAGUUCACACGUUCACCAACCUUCUUGUCCCGUGGAUGGAUACAGGUAUUUAUUUCCUUUUCUAUGUUUUCUAUUUAGUAUUAUCUAUAUAUUUAAGCUUCUUAAGAACAAGGCCCAUCUUUGUAUCUCCAGUACCUAGUAUGGUGCAUUGUAUACAGUAGAAGCUUAAUAAAUGUCUACUGAAUUAC